CUUACUUGAAUGUCGGUAUUGUCGUUACUACGAGCGCUACUUAACGAAAGACCAUGUUGCUUCUCCAACCCUAGAAUUACCUUAAGGAGUCUAUAUAGUCAGAGUUCACUGUCGUCAGUUCUCUUACCUUUUCUUAUCAGUUUUUUGACCUGAACUUCUUUAGAGUUAUCUGGUGAGAUGCUACGGAUAAGGUCUCUGAGCUUUUCCAAAUCAUGUGCGUGUCUAAUUAUGGGAUCGAGAUCGUUUGACUCUAGCAAAUUACAGUAAUAUUCGAUGAGAUUAAAUUCUCAGCCACGCCAGGGUGGAGUUCUGUCUUACUAUCAGACUUUGGUAGUGUAUUUUGUGACUCAGAAUGAAAGUUCACCAAUGACCUGCCAAUCAAUGCUCGUUGGGAAACCUUAAGUGAUAUGAAGCCAAAAGAAGCUGAAGUAGAGUUCAUAAAUAGGAUUUGUCACCUAUGUCCAUUAUUCAUAUCAUAUUUGGAAGCCUAUUCACGCAGCAAAGGAAGUGUUGCUGAUCAUUUUUCAAAAGAAACCAACGUUUCUAGUCUGAAUGAACCUGCUGGUACCAUCGAUAAUGGUGAUCAAUCUUGUUUCAUUUUAAAAAAUGAAUCUGAAAUUCGAGCAGCUUUAAAUGCUCAAACUGAAAGUCAGUUCCAAUCUUAUGCGUCCCUUCAUUAUCCCACAGAUGCAGUUAAGAGAGCUGAACUUAUUGCACAGUUGCAAGAUCGGCAUUUUCACGAAUAUAUGGCAUACAUACAACGUCAAUAUCGCUUUAUUCAGCGAUCACAGAUUGAAUCUUCCUCUCAGACAACCGCUAUGUCGACAAUGAAUGAUUCAGUUGAAGAUUAUCCAGUCACAAAUGUAAAGUCAAUGGACGGUGUAAAUCGUUCAGAAACAGUCUCUUCCAAUGAGGAUUAUAUCAACGAUCAAUCUGUUCUCAACGGCACAGUGCAGUUAGAGGCGUCUUUACAUUCCCCCGAGAUUCAAAAAGAAAACUCAGUACCCGCUGAUGUUUCUGUUAACGACCUGUCUUGUACAGAUACUUCAGAUCUGUCAACUCUUGAUUCAGAUAAGAAAUGCCUUGACACUGAUCCUUACCUAAAUGCAUCUUUGGUGGUACAUGCCCCUACAUUAUGGACUCGUGGGGAAGUUAAAGAAUUUAAACAGUGUUUAACUGAAGAUGAAGAGUCUAUUAUUCGAAUAAACAGCGGUGAAGUUUAUUCAGUUCGUGUUCAAACACACCCAUCGGGCACGAGUAUAGUCUGGGAGUUCGCUACAGAUGACUACGACAUUGGAUUCGGUUUGUUUUUUGAAUGGGCGGGACCGCUUUCUGAUCCUGAAGUGAAACACAACAACCAUACUGCAUCAGUCAAUGCCGAAGAUGGUCACUCAGUAGUAACCAAGGCAGAGAACCCGGAAAAGUCUAAUAUCUUAGUUGAUGAGAUCAUACCUGUUUCACGACAGAACUCUCAAAACGAAGUGUGCUGUGGAUCUCAUUUGUAUCCAGGUGCGGGGACAUAUGUUUUCAAAUUCGAUAACUCCUUCUCCUUAUGGAGGUCGAAAACCCUCUAUUAUCGCGUUUGCUACACAUACUAGAGUGUUCAUUUUUCAAGGUGGAAAAUCUAUGCAGUUUGUCAAAAAUUUGGCUGUGCACCAUAAUUUCCUAACUUUUUUCUGUACUUCUACUUUCUUUAUAAGUUUAAUAAAAAUGGUUCAAAGUGCCUUUUUAUAAUAACUAGUGUCAACAUUGCACAGUAAACAUCAUUUGG